AUGGUGCCGUGGAGAUGGAGGGAAGAGUCGUUGAUCAUGGUGUGCACGUUCGUGUCGGCGUUCGCGUGGUCGUGGGGUCCGUUGGGGUGGCUGAUCCCAAGCGAGACUUUCCCGCUGGAGACGCGGUCGGCAGGGCAGAGCGUCACCGUGUGCGUGAACCUGUUGUUCACUUUCGUGAUCGCGCAGGCUUUCCUGUCGAUGCUGUGCCAUUUCAAGUUUGACAUCUUCUUCUUCUUCUCCGGGUGGGUGGCGGUGAUGUCGGCGUUCGUGUUUUUCUUGGUGCCGGAGACGAAGAACGUGCCGAUCGAGGAGAGAAGGUUUGGGCGCAGCACUGGCUGUGGAAGAGGUUUGUGUAGGAGGAUGGUGACGGGCGGCGAAGGCCAGCAGUGCUAG